CGCAGCGCCGCUCAGUGAGUCGCGUCCCGCGUCCCGCUCCGCAUUCGAGCCGAGUCGCCGCCGAGCCCAGCCGAGCCGAGCAGCGGAACGCGCGCGCCGAGUCGAGCCGACCCGCGGCGCGCCGGCAACCCGCCGCCGUCGUUGCCGGCCAGCAGCAGCAGCAGCAGUAGCAGCAGCAGCGACAACCCCAUCAUCUAUUUCGCGAAGUGGGGCCGGGUCGAGCCGAGCCCAGCCGAGAGGCUCGCCGGGAGAUGCGGAGUCGACCGCACACCGGCCGAUUCACUUGGCGCGCUUUUUGAGGACGCCGAGGGGAUACGCCCCCCUCCCCAACGUGACGACUCCCAGUGGACACGUGGGCUUCUGUGAGCGUGUGUUUGUGCGUGUGUGUGUGAGUGCGUCAGUGUCGUGAAGGUGCAGUGCCAGUGUUUCAAACCAAGGAUAACACUCAUCAAUCAUCGCGAACUACCUGCCGCCGUCGUCCUGUCGCACACAAGAGUCCUGUGGAGCUUCGCGGCCCGGUGGAUCCUCGGGCUGAAAAAAAAACAACAACAACUAACAACACAGAUGCCGGGCUCCCCUCCAGCGGCGGCGGACCUGCUCCCCUAGGGCCCCCCUUGCCGCGGCCCGCCGGUGUCGCCAGCUCGUCCCCGCCACGCCCAGCCACGCCCCCCGGGUUAUUUUUUGCGACGAAAAGCCGCUAAAACGCAACAGCAGCUGUAGCGGCCGAGAUCUCGCCAGGCUACUAAUCUCGCUCGGGGCGCUGCUCGGCGCGGCUGCCCGACGCCCACCGGUCUGGGCGGGCCAGCGCAGCCAGCGCGGCCAGCGCAGCUGUCGCCGUCCCUCGGGGUGGCCGCUCGGGCCGAGGCUAGGGCCGCUCGCGCGCGCACCGGGGUGAGCGACGCGUCCCCGCCCAGUCGCCCGCCCUCCCGCGCGUGGUCCGCAUACUGUGCACCGUGCCGAGCCGUUGCCGACGCGCCGUCGCCGUUCGCCGUCGUGGCGCUCCCUCCCCCCUCGUCACCGGGCUGAUGGCGUGGCGGCGCGCCGGCGCCUCGCCGCGAGGACGACGCCACCCCCGCCGCCGCCCCUGCCGCCGCCCCGCCUCGUCCCCGCUGGAAUAACUGCGGCGGUAUGGGAUGUCGGCGCACGACAGGAACAACCUGGACCAGCCGGACGCAGUGGCGCCCACGCUGCCCACCCCGGCCGCCGUCGCCGAGGGCCUGACGCUGGCCGUGGCGGCCACGGCGUCCUCGCUGCUCCAGCGGCUCAACGCCUCGCACGCCAACGACAGCGCGGCCACGGCCGUGGCCCUGGACGAUGACGGCGACGAGGAGUGGAGUGACACCCUGGGCCUCGUCGUCAAGGUGGCCCUCAUGGGCUUCAUCAUCUUGGCCGCCAUCCUCGGCAACCUGCUCGUCAUUGUGUCCGUCAUGCGGCACCGCAAGCUCAGAGUCAUCACCAACUACUUUGUCGUGUCGCUCGCGUUCGCCGACAUGCUGGUCGCCAUGGUGGCCAUGACGUUCAACAUGAGUGUGCAGGUCACGGGCCGCUGGCUCUUCGGCCCCUUCGUGUGUGACGUGUGGAACUCGCUGGACGUGUACUUCAGCACGGCGUCCAUCCUGCACCUGUGCUGCAUCUCGGUGGACCGGUACUACGCCAUCGUGAUGCCGCUCAAGUACCCGCGCAGCAUGACCAAGCGCGUCGUGGGCGUCAUGCUGCUCAACACGUGGCUGUCGCCCGCCAUCAUCUCGUUCGUGCCCAUCUUCCUGGGCUGGUACACGACGCAGGAGCACCAGGUGUUCCGCUCCGAGCACCCCGACAAGUGCGAAUUCAGGGUGAACAAGCUGUACGCCAUCAUCUCGUCGUCCAUCUCCUUCUGGAUCCCGUGCACCAUCAUGAUCUUCACAUACCUCGCCAUCUUUAAAGAGGCCAAUCGGCAGGAGAAGCAGAUGCACAAUCGCAUGGGCAACGCCAUGAUGAUGUCACACGGCGCGUCCAACGGCGACGCUCUCUCGGGCGGCUCCAACAAGGCCCUCACGCUGCACGAGGCGGCCCAGAGCACGCCCACCAAGGACAGGCAGAUCAGCAAGAUGAAGCGCGAGCACAAGGCUGCCAAGACGCUCGGCAUCAUCAUGGGCAUCUUCAUUCUCUGCUGGCUACCUUUCUUCCUGUGGUACGUGAUCACGACGCUGUGCGGCGACGCGUGCUACUGUCCUGACGUCGUCGUGGCGCUCCUCUUCUGGAUCGGCUACUUCAACUCGACGCUCAACCCCCUUAUUUACGCCUACUUCAAUCGCGACUUCCGAGAGGCGUUCAAGAACACGUUGCAGUGCGCGUUCUGCUCACUGUGCCGACGGCCGCCGUCCGACCUGGACGCACUUGAUAUGCGGCGGCCGUCGCUCCGGUUCGACGACCGGACCAAGAGCGUGUACUCGGAAACGUACCUGAGGCACAUAGACCGGAGACGUUCGUCCGAGUUUGGCAGUAGCCUGUGACGUCCUGAGCCGCCCGGACACGGCAGCUCCUCCGGGAGCGGGAACAGUGUGCCGGGCAGCGACGGCGCGUGCGACGCGUCGUGGACGUGAGUGUGUGCGUGAGUGUGGCGGGCGCGGUGCGGGCCGCCUGCAAGAGUGAGUGUGUGUGAGUGUCACGUCGCCUGCGGACUGAAUGACAAUGGAAAUGAAACCCAUGUACCUUAACAAUACUUAAAGACAUUUUUAUUGUGCCGUGUAGUGUUCUUUCUCCACUCUCUCCUGGAAACGUAGUGCGUUAAAUCAACGGAGUGCUUGGAGACUGUUUAUAUUAGAUUGCGUAUGUUUUUAUUUUUUGAUUGAUCGAUUUGAUUGUUCGAUAUUGUUUGUCUUGUACCUUUACAAAUGCAGCACAAGGAAAGAUAUCUAAGUUUCUCGGGCCAGAUUGAUAUUUUUGUACAUAUUUCAUAUUUAUAUACAUAAUAAUAAAAUCAUUCAUUUUUUAUACCAGUGAUUCAUUAUGUUUGUGCUACCCAUAAUGUGAUACUUGCUAGUAUUCUCACGUGUACAUAUGUACAGUGUAAUGUUAGUUACGAUUGUAAAGAACUACUUUGUACAGAAAAAGAGAUAAAAGCAUUUUAUUUUAUUAAAUCAUUUUUGAAGAUUAAUUUAUGGCCUCAAUGUGCUCUCUCAGUUUUAUUCGUACGCUCCUACUUCUAUAACAUAAACGACAAAGAUUUUGUUGGUGUUACAAAUCAAAGUAUUAUCAGUACUGUACUAGUUGGUCUUCCAACACGUUUGGUGGUCAUUCGUUUCCGAUAAAUACUCUGAUGUGAAUUCUUCCUCUGAUAAAGACAUAAAAAUACAUGACCCUCUUCGUCUCGGCGUGGGUUCUAUUGUGCCGACAAGUUCUUCCUCUGAGAAGUUUAUUGGUUCCUGUCCGCUCGACCAAGCAAGCUACCAGCAGCAUCUUGGAUCGAUUUCUACAAAGUUUGUGCCGAAUGGAGUGGGGAACUGUCCUCAUGCACGAAUGUGUCCAAUGUUCGUGCUGCGUUCUAGUUGUGUGACUGUGAUAAAUCAAGGCUUAAGUAAACUGGUGCGAAAAAAUUGCUGCUUUACUGAUGCUCUACACAGUCAAGGUCACUUACUCAGAUUCCUUUCAUGAAAUCUAUGUCGUCUUCUUACCCUGAGAGAGCACAUACGGUCACGCUAAAUGCGAGGAUCUGGAUAGCUUUCCUACAAAUUCACAAAUUUGAAGGAAAAGACAGCCUUUUCAAGACAUCUAAAAAACGAAUAUUGAUUUGACGAUUUCUUUGUAGUUGACCGAUGGUCCUCUCGUUUAGCUGUCCCUCCGUGAGCGCUUCCACAUAUUACACCACUAGUGAGUUCAAAAAUUCAGUUAGCGGGAUUCUAGUAUUUGACUUUUUUACUAGGACGUAGUUGACUUCUCACGUCUAUCCUAGAGUUGAAUAUGGUCUUGCUAGCGGCCCAUGUGUAUUAUGAUCUUGUGUUGUGAAUUUUAAGUGUUUCUGCGUACAAAGAAAUGACAAAAAGGAAUAACUCAGCAUGUAUGAAGGGUCCAUAACUGCCUUGGUUGUUUGCUACUAAUCUAUGCAUCCGUGCUCAAAUCUUCUAUUGUAAGUUCCAGUAUUCAAAAUGCAAUAAUUGAUUCUAAUACCAUCACUUAAGAGUCUGUCGGCUGUUUCAUAGCAGGCUGUUAAUUGUUUAACUGAGCUGCUGGUAAUCUACGAGCAAUGUGUUAUGAUAUAGUAUUGAAAUGAUAAACAUGCUUUACAAUGGAUGCUAAAAUACGACUGAUAUAUAUUGUGCAAAAGGAGGCUGUCUAUAGUGCGGCGGUGAAUCUCAGAGGUGAGAUGCCUGAAUCUUGUGUUCAUUGAAUUUGAUAUUAUUUGGUGGUAGCUCUAACGCGCAGUCACAUGCAAGAAUCAUAAACAUAGGCCUUUACAGAUUUUUAUUUUGUGGAUAAAGUAUACACCGAUUAUUAAGAGGUUUAAUGUGGAGUAUACUCUUAAUGGUGUAAAAUCUAUAGAACGUUUUACUCGGUUUUCAACCUCCUCCUAUCAGUGUGAACGGACUUCCGCAAAUUGUACGCAGCGUGCUAAACAUGCUUAUGCCUCCUAACGCUCAAACGCAAGUUUUCUUUGGCGACAAUCGUCAACGAAUGCUUAUGAGAGGAUGAUGAUUAGCGCGUGAAAAUAAUGGCUCGCUCUUUAGAAAAUUAUAAUCGUUACCGGAAAUGACCAAUGCUCACUUUAAGUUUGUGAGAAAUAAGCCGUCAAGUGAUUACAUGUGUGUUACUAAAGUAAUCUGAUUCAAUUCUGAAUCUGACUUGACGUCUUGUUACUCACAUAAUUUUUGUGAUUAUUUUUCUGUUAGGUUUAUUUGUUUUGGUUGUACCGAAAGCUAGCUUGUUUCAGUGCAGUGAAGAUGGCUGCUUUUGGGGUUAGAUGAACUUUACAGUACUUCUGUAUUGCUCAACGGGAGUAAAAAUAACCUAAUAAUUGUAUUCCUCGAGUCACUUCUGCUCAGCAAAAUUACCAAAAUCAAACGAUGGUGCUACUAAUUUUAGUAUCUAGAUUAGGGAAAUUACCGUAAGUCUUAUUUGUCGAUAUUUUCUGUAAAUUGCCUGUUCUUGAUGGAUUAUAUAUGUAUAUAGGGUUAAUAUUAGGAAACGUGAUUUUUGAAAAGGUUACCUAACCUGAAGAAACUUAAUAUGGCGCAUUGCCUACUGACGAGGGAACGAGUUAAGACGAGCAAAGUGGAUGACACGAAGCUCAUAAUAAUCAUUUGUUCUAAUCUCGUCUUUCAAUGAUCUUCAUAGUUCAGUCAUUUUAUGUCUGGAUUUGUGUGACAAAUAGCUUUAAAGUAGAUAGAAAUGUCUUCUUAAGUAUUAAAGUACUGUUGAGCAUAGAGCAGUACAAAGCGACUUCAUAUCUCCAAGAAUUGUAAUCAACGUUCUUCAGGACAGGUUACCAUAUCUGACUUCUUCAUAGUAUUCUUUAACAUCAGGGAAAAGUAUUAAAUGAAAAUUUAGUUAAAUUGAAAAACGAGAGUUUGUAGACAGUUGUCUAAAUUUUUUUACAUGAAUUACUUCUCAGACUUAUUUCGAUCUCCGACAGAAAUUUCUUAAAGUAAGGAAUUUAGUGGAAUAAUACGGGUAAAUUUCUUUGAAGGAAAUAAGCACCUGGUUCCGACUUCAAUUAAAGACAUACAAAUAAGCUAGCCAUCGGUACUUUCAAUGAGGUUCCUUCUCAUGUGCUGUAGAAAACACUUUUCUUUAAGUACAUACCAGACUCUUACUCCAAAAAACUUACAGCAAAAUAAAUUAUUAUCGUUUCGGCCUUGUCCGCUCUGUAUUUGUAUCAUGAGAAACUAUUCUGGAAAUAUUUUUAAAACGCGUGGUUUAUAAACAACGCUAGAAUUCUUAAACUUAUGUAAACUUUGUGAGCCGAAAUCAAACAAGUGUGAGAAUUGAAAUUUGUGUGUGAUCCGUGGAGGUAGUCUCAACGAGGCCUGAUUGUAUGGUUCGAACUCACGAACCUCAGGCUAGAUUUUUUGUCCACGACUCUGUUCAACCUGAAAAAUCCUGUAAAAAUUAAAGAUAGCUGAAAACCUUU